AUGUCUCUCGGCCUUGUCUCCUUCGCUGGCGAGGUCAACGUGAGCGCGGUCCUUGCGGCAGUCAUCGCCAUCUCUCUCGUGUAUCUGGUGUAUUUUCUGGACGAGAAACCAUACAAAGGUUUUCCCGUCAUCGGCCUCGACAAGAAUGGCUUUUUCAAAAUGGCCAAGGCAAGAGCCGCCUGGAUAGUCAACGGCUGCGAGAUAUUGGAGCAGGGAGCGAAACAGUUCUCCGGUGCUUUCCAAGUAAUCACCGCUAGCGGGCCAAAGAUCGUCCUCCCCAACCGUUACGCCAACGAAAUCAGGAACAACCCUCACAUGAGUUUCGGGAAGAUCAUCACCCGCGAAUUCUUCUCCUGCUACCCCGGCUUCGAGCCCUUCGACACCCUGAAUCAAGACGCCAUCAUCCAAGACGCCAUCAAGAACAAACUCACCCAAUCUCUAACAUUGUUCACGUCCGACAUCUCCACCGAGGUCACCGCCGUCCUCUCCUCCAUCCUCGACGGCAACGCCGCCAAAGAAGACGACGCCGGCUGGGCCGAGACCCCCCUCCGCGCCCUCGUCGCCCGCGUCAUCGCCCAAGUCACCUCCCGCGUCUUCCUCGGCCCGCACCUCUCGCAGGACCCCGAAUGGCUCUCCCUCUGCACAAACUACGCCGUCACCGCCUUCGCCGCCCAGCAGGCCCUGCUCUCCUGGUCGCCCAUCCUGCGGCCCCUCGUGCACCGCUUCCUGGCCCCGUGUCGCCAGCUCCGGGCGCUGACGGCGGUGGGGAGGAGGGUCAUCGGGCCGCACCUCGCCGGCGCGUCGAAGGGAGAGGGCGCCGAGACGGCGGCGGCGGCGGCGGCGGCGGCUGCGAAGGGGGAUAUGAUUGCGUGGAUGGAGGAGCUGGCGCGGGAGAGGAGGAGAGAGUUCAAUUUCGCCGACGCGCAGAUCAUGUUGGCGAUUGCGGCGAUUCAUACCACGUCCGAGGCGUACGUGUGGGUGGUGGCGGAUCUGAUCGAGCAUCCAGAGUACGCGGGCGCGUUGCGGGAGGAGGUUGCGAGCGUGCUGGGGGAUGGCGGGUGGCGGAAGGACUCGUUGGCGAGGAUGAAGCUGCUGGAUAGCUUCAUCAAGGAGUCGCAUCGGAGGCAUAUGGUUGAUGCUCUGGUCAUGGACCGAUACGUCGAAAAGACGGUCACGUUGUCGGACGGUCUCACGAUUCCUGCUGGCUCGGCGCUAAUGGUGCAUGCGACCAAUAACCUGGAUGAAAAGUUCUGGCCGAAUGCGAAAGGGUUUGAUGGAUACCGCUUCUUGAGGUUGCGCGAGCGGGCUGGCGAGGAGAACAGGCAUCAGCUUGUCACCACCAGCGCCGAGCACCUGGGGUUUGGCUUGGGCCUGCAUGCUUGCCCGGGACGCUUCUUUGCGGCCAACACGAUGAAGCUCUUGCUGGCGCAGUUCGUCAUGAAGUACGAUUGGAAAUUUGUGGAUGAAAAACCGCAGCUCCGGGCUGCGUUCGGAUCCAGCGUGUACGUCAAUCCAAUGCUGAAGGUGGCUGCGAGGAGGAGGAAGGAAGAAGUGAGAAUCUAA